AUGGUGACAUUACCGCUGAUAGGACUUGAUAUUGUUGAAAGCAAUGACGCAAUUGUGUCUGGAAUUCCUCUACCACCGGCCACUCCUCAUUUCCAAGAAGGGAAAAUUCCAUCUACAUCGCCAAUUCCCCAAAAUUCAUAUCAUCAAACUCACAUAACAAAUCAUUACAAAUUUAUUCAAACUGCACCAAUUGCUUAUACUUCACCAGCAACAGUCCAAGUAUUGCCCCUAACAUCAAGUUCCUUUGAUAUUCCAACACCUACACAAUCUGAACCUUUAACGACCCCGAUUUCACCUUCACCACAGGAUUUAAGCUCCUUGUUGUCACCACAUGAACCUCCUCAUGAAGUAGAUUUGUAUUUUCCACAAAGGCAGCAAAAAUUGCGACAGCAGAUGAGCAGAAAUACAGGCGCAUUUUUCAGUGGUAACGCUGGUGGCGGUUGUAGUAGUGACGUUUUCACUGAAUAUGUGGAGAAUAGAUUUGCUAGAUUUAGACCAACAGAGUCGCAACAUAAUAAUGAUGUGGUGAUGAAUAACUUACAUCCGUUUCAGAGAGACGAUUAUGGAGUUGAGCAAAAGUCAAUAUUCGAAAAUAUAACCACUUGGUUUAAAAAAAAGCCUAUAGUGGCUACCGAUUUAGAAACACAGAGUCAAUCGCCGCCUACUACUGAUAAAAGUGCAUCGUGUACCGCAGGAUUCUUGCAGCGCGGUGAAGAAAUGGGUAACACUGCUGAGCCAGUGUACACACCACGAGGCAUUCCUAUAAAUGAGUAUCCGCUCAACUUCAUCAAACAGCAGGAUAAUAGUAAUUUGGGAGAAGAGAACGAAAGAAGAACAGCCAUAAUCAAUCUGUUUGAUGAAGAAGUAAGAGAUUUGGUUGACGGAGUAGAUAAUUUUCUAACCAGUUGCUUUGACGGGGUCUGGACCUUCACUUCUGGCCUCUGUUCAACUUGCCUAGAUCCGUUUGACGAAUAA